AUCCCUCUAAAGGUGCGUACAGACUUUCGCUCUGCUCCGCAAUCGAACAUCACUCGAGCAGAGCGAUUGAUGAUCGACGGGGAGCAAGAGUGGAACGCGAGAAGAGCGUGUAACAGAGGUCGAGCUUGGUAAAAACCACACAAUGCUUGGCAGCCAUCUCAGUGAUGAUCUUAUCAAUAGAAGCACAGAUCCACCAACAAUACAAUUUUCAGCAUCAGAAUUCAAAUCAUCCUAUAAGCUCAGGUCGGAAUGACCAUCAUCGAUACCAUCAUUCACAAAGUCAACACCAGUACAAUCAGCAGCAUCAGCAGCAACAUCAGAAUCAGCAGCAGCAUCAGAAACAGCAAACUCAACCACAUCACAAGCACUUCCACGUGAAAGUGGCACUUGAUGGACCGAAGAAGCAGAAGUACCAACAAGAGAAAUUCAACCAGAAUGUGCAAAAACAAUUGCAAAAUCACCAGUUGCACUCAAAACAAAGAACGGAUGCCGAUGUACUGCAAAAGGAAGUCAAGUCUCCAAGGCUGUCACUCCCCCUUGUUCUCAGCCCAGAGAAGAUUCACGCCAUGGACCUUGAUCCAGCCAUCACUGUGGUUGAGCCGCCUCACACAGAGCACAAGAAGACAAGUGAAGUGAAAAAGCGACAGUUCAGCUACGAUGCAGCGAUUGCAUCACUGUUUCAAGAAGCACUGAAAGUGGCCGGCAGUGAGCCUUCGCAGCCUGCAUCCACAGCAGGUCAAUUCACUCCUCUGCCGGCAGCGCAGCCCAUCUACAAGUUCAAGCCAGUCGCGGCAGAACACAUCCUCCACAAUCCCCGGCCGUUCCAUGUGCCACCCCAACUAUCCAACGACUUCAAGUCUCAACUCCCUUCAGUAUCGUUCCAGCAUCAGCAGGUGGAAGAAAAACAAGAGGAUGAUGAGGAGGAGGAAGAAGAAGAAGAGUACCAGAACUAUGCUGCCAAGUACCAGUACGGAUACAGAGUGGUGGACGACCAGGAGGGUAGUGACUUCGGCCAAACUGAGUCACGGGAUGGCGACAUGACCAGGGGUCACUAUCACGUCCGCCUUCCCGACGGCAGAAUGCAGAGGGUCAAGUACUGGUCAGAUCCGUCCGGAUUCCACGCCCAAAUAUCCUACGACCGAGAUGCUGUUCACAUCUGAGCAAUUUUUUAGUGUGUGACUAGAAGUGUUUCAAAUUGACGCCAUAUUUUGGAACUUAUUGUUUUGAGCUAGAGCAUUACAAGAAAUUGGAACUUCCCAAACUUUUGGGGGGUUGAAAACCUUGCAGUCGAGACCUGUUGUGAAUUCAAAACAUUGAAUUAUUGUAUAAAUAUUCAAGUAGCGAGAAAUGGCAGUAUUAUUCUGAUAAGAUUGUGAUUGCUCAACAACUGAACUGCUGCACAACUUAACAAACACAGUAAAUUUCAAGAUAACAAUAUUAUCAAACCCUACUUAUUUUUAUAUUUUUUCUCACACUCCAAGACUAGUUAUACACAUAUCGAUUUUUGAACGUUCGAUUUUUUGCCGUCCUUAUAAAUUCUACCAUAUUUAUCAGAACUUGGUAAACGUAUGAUGUGUGUGCAGAUACACAUAAUGUGUUUCGUUACCACGUUAUGUUAUUAUAAGGACGGCAAAAACUUCGAACAUCCAAAAAUCGAUGUGUGUGUAACUGGCUUAACUAUCAAUCAAUCGCACAAUAAUACAUGAGUCAAAUGCACCUCAGGUUGGGUGUGAUAUAAAUCAAAAUCAUUGAUAUUGGCGUGACUACCGCAUACUGGUAUCAUGAUUUUUAUUAGCUUACCCAAGACGUUGUUUCAACAUUGAGUUUAUUUAUCAUGGUGUAUGUGAAGAGCUCAAUGGAAACAGCUAUUGAAAUAAGAAAUAAAUGAUAAUUGUUAAAACAUGAUAGAACAAAGCAUUAUCAUGAAAAUGAUAGAUAUUGGCCUAGUCUUUGAAGUUAAUCACUAGAAUUGAUUCUCAGCAGACACUAUCAAAGUUGUACAUUAAACUUCUGGAAACUCUUUACUGGGACAUUUUCUGAAGUUUCCUAUUGAAAUACUGUCAAGUUACCAAAACGGAGUAAUUUACUAACGAAAAACGUUUUUUAUAGUUUCCCUUACUAAGAUUUGAGCGCCUAUAGUAGCGCCUAUAUUUUGGGUGAUCCAUUAUAGAAUUGAUCAGAAUAUAAAUCCAAAUCAAAUGUAUUCCAUUAUUGGAAAAUAGAUCCAAUUGGGCUAUUUUUGAAAAAAUAAAUAGUGAGGUCCUCGUUAAAAUGGCAACAUUAACAUUGGUGUUGCUAUCCAUGCCUAUAAUUUGUCAAAGUAGAUAGUGUUAUCCUUUUCUAGCAUUGCACCGUUGCCGAAUCUUUUUUUCAACAAUGUAAAAAUGAAAUAAUAAAAAAAUAAUAAUUUAAAUUAUGAAAAUCUAUUAUUAAAUCGUAGAACAUAAUAUUUUAUUGUCGAAUAAUAUAAUUGACUACUUCUAACAAGAAUGGACAGUUAAUAUUACAUCAUAUAGACAAGAUUGAGAAAUGGUGGUACAGAGGAAAUUCGAUUGAGGUUGUCAAUUCCUACAAAUAUCUUGGAAUAAAGCUGACAUCAAGACUUUCAAUGACGGAGCAUUUCAAGGAGAUAUUGGCCUUGGCAAAAACGGCAUUGAGUCUGUUUAAUAACCUGUUAUUGAAUAAUUCAAUUGCAUUUGAAGCAAAGUUGAAAGUUUUUGAGGCUGUUGUGAGAUCCAUAGUGUGCUAUCAAUGGUGCUCAGGUGUGGGGGAGCAGAAUGUUUGAUCUGGUUGAGAGUAUACAACGGGUUUUCAUCAGAAAAGUUUUUAGUCUGCCAACAUAUUCUCCCAAUCUAGCCAUGCUUCUGGAGACUGGACUGCAGCCAAUCUUUCUGCAUACCCUGAAGCUACACUUUGGAUUUGUUAGAAGAUGUUUGAAACUCACAGAGGAUAGAUAUCCAAAACGUCCAAUGGAGGGGAUGAUUCAGAAGAGACUGUUCAUGUAUAAGGAUUGGCAGAAACUGGAGGAAUCAUUCGGCAUCACUUUGGAUGACAUCAAAGAUGGAUCACAGAAUACAGACUGGUUGUUAGCAUCUAUAGGAGGAAAGCUGAGAGAUCAGCAGGUACAGCAAGUGGUAUCAAGUCAACGUUACUCUUGUAGAAGCCAGCUCAAUCAUUGGAAUGAGUAUAUCAUGGAGGACUGUGACUUUAGACUGAUCAAGUGGUUCUUCAAGGCUAGGAUGGAACUCAUUUAUUUGAACAAAUAUUCCUUCACACACAUCAACAAACUUUGUUAAUUGUGCAAUUUAAAAGAGGACGAGGAUAUUGCUCAUUACAUUGGUCGGUACCCAAUUCUUAGCAGCUACAGGAAAAAGCAUCUAGGCAAAUCUCAUCUUAGGUGGCAGGAAGUGAAAAUCCUUUUGAAUGGAGUAAACUGGUGCAAAGUGAGUGAGUACUAUGGAAAUAUAGACAUUUUUUGAUAACAGAAUUCAAUUACUAGUACUCAGUCUGCAGCCUCUGAAAGACUUUUGGUAAACACUCUGUUAUACACUUUGAGAUUUUUAAAUAUAAAAUAUUAUUUCUGAUUAAUUUAUUGAAAGACAAUGAACUCAACUCACCCUGACGGUCAAUGACCAAGGGUUAUUAGCUUGCAUUUGUAUUUAUUUUCAAUUUAUUUAUGUAUCUGUUCAGUACAAUAAAAGCAAAUUAUUAU